AGGGGCGCCCGCACUGAGCCGCGCUCCCCGCAGGCAUCGGGCGCAGCACGGUCCAGGCGCUGCACGCGAUGGGUGUGCAGGUGGUGGCUGUGAGUCGGACCCGGGGCGACUUGGACAGCCUGGUCGUCGAGUGCCCCGGGGUAGAGCCGGUGUGCGUGGACCUGGGUGACUGGGAGGCCACGGAGCGGGCCCUGGGCAGCGUGGGCCCGGUGGACCUGCUGGUGAACAAUGCUGCCGUGGCCCUGCUGCAGCCCUUCUUGGAGGUCACCAAGGAGGCAUUUGACAUCUCCUUUGACGUCAACCUGCGGGCUGUCAUCCAGGUGUCCCAAAUCGUGGCCCGGGGCUUGAUCGCUCGGGGAGCCCCAGGGUCCAUCGUGAACGUGUCCAGCCAGGCCUCCCAGCGUGCAAUUCCGAACCACACUGUCUACUGUUCCACCAAGGGUGCCAUGGAUAUGCUGACCAAAAUGAUGGCUCUGGAGCUCGGUCCACACAAGAUCCGUGUGAAUGCAGUGAACCCCACAGUGGUGAUGACGGCCAUGGCCCGGACCAAUUGGAGCGACCCUCAGAAGGCCAAGACCAUGCUGGACCGCAUCCCACUGGGCAGGUUUGCUGAGGUGGACAAUGUGGUGGACACCAUCCUUUUCCUGCUGAGUGACCGGAGCAGCAUGACCACGGGCUCCACUGUGCCCGUGGAUGGGGGCUUCUUGGCCACCUGAGCCCCUCCACCCACACAGCCCUGCUCCGUGCUGAGUCCUCCCCACCCCCAACCCUCCAAUAAACACGAUUCUUCUGCCCA